CUUUCUGAUCAGUCUAUAAAAGGUCACAUGUUUAACAAAAAAAAUUCAGCUCUCAAUUCUCAAAUCCCUCCAAGGUGAAGACAGAAUUUCAGGCAGUUUUGAUUAGACAUGGCCAGAAUAGCAUUCAUCAGUUUAGCCAUUUUAGCCAUUGCAGUGACUUCACUUGUACCCUGCUCUAUGGCAGAGACGCUUGUUGUUGGGGAUGGCUUGGGCUGGUUGGUGCCUCCAGGUGGUGACCUCGCUUAUGCUACUUGGGCAGCCAUUAAUACCUUCACAGUUGGUGAUGUUCUCUUGUUCAAUUUCACUACUGGACAACAAGAUGUAGCCAGGGUCACAAAGGAAGCAUAUCUAACCUGCAAUUCAACGAAUCCCAUCUCCCUGAAAACAACUGGUCCGGCAAAUUUCACCUUAAACACCACUGGUGAAUACUUCUUUAUCUCUACGAUGGACGCACACUGCCCAUUAGGCCAAAGGCUAGCCAUCUAUGUAACUGCCCCUGGACCCCAUCAUGCUCCUCAUCCUCAUCAUCCACCCGCAGCCCCUUCGCCAGUCUCUCCCAGAGCACCAGUGACCUACACCGUUGGCGAUGGCUUGGGCUGGCUUGUCCCUCCUGGUGGUCCACUCGCUUACAUGACCUGGGCCUAUAACAAGACUUUCAUCGUUGAAGACACUCUAGCUUUCAACUUUGUGGAUGGACUACAAGAUGUUGCCCUGGUGACCAAGGAAGCCUAUGAGACCUGCAACACAAAUAGCACCAUCCAAGUUUGGUCUACAAGUCCUGUAAAGAUCUUACUCAAUUCUACUGGGGAUUAUUUCUUCACUUCCACGUAUCCACGCCACUGCAUCUUGGGUCAGCAGCUAGCCAUUAGGGUGGUCUCCAGCAGCGGUACUACUGAUCAUGGUAGUGCACCUACGUCUAGCAUCGCCCAUCCUCCAUCAAGCAGCAGCACAAGCAGUCCCGUGACAGAGGGCCCUGUGGCUGGUUCUCCUCUUCCAGCCAGCUCAGCUCCAUCGAGGGUUCUUGCUGGAUUCUUCAUUACCUUUUUGUCCAUUUUCAUAGCUGUGUUUUAGAGAUAGAUAGAUACGCACACUAGCUAGAUUUAUAUAUAUAAUUCAUUUGGUUCCUCAUUUGGUCGAUUAUUUUGUUGUGUUGGCCAUUUCCAUUGGUCUGUGAUUUACAUCUGUAUCUAUAUAUCCGAUUGUAUGAGAUGUUAUUGAUAUUCUUUCUGUGAGAUAUAUACAUAUUUUUAUGUACCUGAAUUUUA